AUGUCCAACAGGGAAGGAAUCCUGGCCGGUCUGGGCCCUCUGCUAUCUCCUAAAGCAUCUAUUGUCCUCCCUAGCGAUUCCAAAUUUGCCAGUCUUGCCGCCGUUGAAUCCGAUGUUCAGCAGACUGUGCGUUACGCCAGUGAACAUAAUAUCCCAUUUAUUGCCAGAGCGGGAGGUCACGGCGCGACCAAGGCCCUCAGUCAGGCAAAGAAUGCCAUUCAAAUCGACUUUCGAUCUUUGAACCAUAUCAAGCUAUCCGAGGAUGGCCAAACAGCUACGAUUGGCGGUGGAGCAAAUGUGAGCGAAAUUGUCAACACGCUCAUAGGUUUGGGAAAGCGAACCGUGACUGGCAUCUGUGAAUCCGUCGGCUUUUCUGCGCCGGCUCUGGGAGGCGGCCACGGUUGGCUCCAAGGCCAGUAUGGACUCAUGGCCGAUCAAGUCAUCUCAGCUCGCUUGGUACUCCCGAAUGGUGAACUCGUGACGGUGUCGGAGAACUGUAACUCGGACCUAUUCUGGGCCAUCAGGGGUGCAGGGCAUAAUUUUGGCCUCGUAACAGAGUGGGAAUACCGUGUCUAUGUUAACAGCGCUCCAUCAUGGUCUUGGGAGAUCUUCGUCUACUCGGGAGACAAGCUCGAGGCUCUCUACGACCUAGCUAAUAGAUCGCUGCAAGGCCAGCCACCAGAACUCAUCUAUUGGGGAUAUAUCAUAAAAGUGCAAGAAAUCGAUCCUGAUCAUCCCAUACUAUGGUUCGGCGUCAUUUUUAACGGCUCACCUAACACAGCUAAAGAGUACGCCAAGCCGUUCCAUGACAUCGGGCCUCUUAGUGUACAAAUCGGCCAAGGGUCGAUACAUGAUCUUGCUGUUGCCACGUUCCAGGACGCAGACGGCCCGGGUUGCGCUUACGGAAUGACCUCCCUCCGUUACCCUAUCGGAUUGAAAUCACAUAAUUUGACGGCCAUCAGGCAAGUGUACAAUGAGAUAGACGAGACAUUCAAGAAAGUCCCUGAGAUUUCUGGCUCCUUCUUCCUGCUCGAGGCCUACUCGACCCAGGCCGUGAAAGCCGUCGGCCCAAAGAGUACAGCUUUUCCGCACCGAGAAGACAAUAUACUGGUCACCUCGUACAUCAUGUAUGCGCCCAACUCGGCCAUAGACCAUAUUGCGCAUGAAUUUGGAAAAAGGCUGCAGAAAUACUUACUGGAAGGAAGCGAGGAUCCAGCACACCUCCGCGCCUACGUCAACUACGCCAAUGGCAACGAGUCUUUGCAGGAGGUCUACGGAUGGGAGGCAUGGAGAUUGGAGAAGUUAAGGAAACUCAAGGCUCAAUGGGAUCCCGAAAAUAAAAUGCGGUACUAUGUUCCGAUUGAAUAA